AAGGUUAACAUUAAACUUCUCCCAGUUGGAGCCAAAAAGUAAACAGCUCAUGACUUCUGAUCAGGACACUAAAGUUGUGGCUGAACCGCAGGUACAGCAAGUACAAGAAGUGAAAGACAGUUCUCAUCUGAUGAAUGGUCCUAUAUCUCAAACCACUUCUCAGACAAGUUCUGUCCCAGCUUUGAGUCAGACACCAACCACCAAGGUUUCAGAGCUAAACCCUAAUGCAAAAGUAUGGGGGAAUCAUAUGCUACAUUUGGAAGCAAGUAGUACAACUGAUGGCAGUGUGAGUCAAACUUGGGAAGAAAUAUCUGACCAUCCUCCAGAUUGCUGCAAAGAGGGGUUGGAUGGCAAUGGCGAUGGUGACAAAAGUCAUGAGAGUGCAGCAAUACCACAUUUACAGGAGUCAGACCAAACAGAUAUGAACACUUUGGCUCUGGAUCAUUCAGAAUAUGAAUCUCUGCCUGAAAAUAGUGAAAUGGGAGGAAAUGAUUCUCAACCAGAGAGCCAAGAAGACCCCCGAGAAGUGCUUAAAAAAACAUUGGAAUUCUGCUUAUCUAGGGAGAACCUUGCUAGUGAUAUGUACCUUAUAUCACAGAUGGAUAGUGAUCAGUAUGUGCCAAUUACGACGGUAGCAAACCUUGACCAUAUCAAGAAACUCAGCACUGAUGUGGAUUUAAUUGUUGAAGUGCUAAGAUCAUUACCUUUAGUCCAGGUGGAUGAGAAGGGAGAAAAAGUAAGGCCAAAUCAAAACCGUUGCAUAGUAAUAUUGCGUGAAAUAUCUGAAUCUACCCCUAUAGAAGAAGUAGAAGCACUUUUUAAAGGAGAUAAUUUACCAAAAUUUAUAAACUGUGAAUUUGCCUAUAACGAUAAUUGGUUUAUCACAUUUGAAACAGAAGCUGAUGCACAACAGGCUUACAGAUACCUACGAGAAGAAGUUAAAACUUUCCAAGGAAAACCAAUUAAGGCACGGAUAAAAGCAAAGGCAAUAGCUAUAAACACAUUUUUGCCAAAGAAUGGAUUUAGACCUCUGGAUAUGAACCUUUAUACCCAGCAGCGUUAUACAACAUCAUUUUAUUUACCUCCAGUAUAUAGCCCACAACAACAGUUUCCUUUGUACAGCUUAAUUACCCCACAGACAUGGUCAACGACACAUAGCUAUCUUGAUCCAUCCUUGGUUACUCCAUUUCCAAAUACUGGAUUUAUAAAUGGUUUUACGUCUCCAACCUUCAAACCUGCAACAUCUCCUCUGACUUCACUCAGACAGUAUCCUCCUAGAAGCAGGAAUCCUAGCAAAUCACAUCUGCGCCAUACAAUUCCUAGUGCAGAGAGAGGACCUGGAUUAUUAGAAAGUCCUUCAAUAUUUAACUUUACUGCUGAUCGAUUAAUUAAUGGUGUCCGGAGCCCACAAACAAGGCAAACAGGUCAAACUAGAACACGGAUACAAAACCCUUCAAAUUAUGCCAAGAGAGAUAUUGGAACUGGGCGAGUGGAACAGAGUAGUCUUGAAUCAUCUCCUGGUUUAGGUAGAGGAAGGAAAAAUUCCUUUGGCUAUCGGAAGAAAAGGGAGGACAAGUUUACAAGGAGUCAAACUCAAUCUCCAACGCCACCAAAGCCUCCAUCUCCUAGUUUUGAAUUAGGGCUCUCCAACUUUCCUCCUUUGCCUGGAGCUGUAGGCAAUUUAAAGGCAGAGGACUUGUUUGAAAACAGGCUAUCUAGCUUGAUAAUAGGAUCAUCAAAAGAAAGGAACCUAAAUAUGGAUGCAAGUACAAACACUAUUCCCGCAGUAAUCUCCAGAGAGCCUUCAGUGCCAGUCUCUUGUGCUGUAUCAGCAACUUAUGAACAAUCUCCUUCCCCAGCCCAUUUACCCGAAGAUUCCAAGGUUGUAGAAAAGCAGAGGGAAACACAAAGUAUGGAAAGACUUUCUUCUACUCUUACUACUACUGCAUGUAAAUCAGUGCAAGUUAAUGGAACUGCCACAGAAUUGCGAAAACCUAGCUACGCAGAGAUUUGUCAGAGAACAAGUAAAGAGCCUCCUUCUUCCCCAUUACAACCCCAAAAAGAACAAAAGCCAAACACUGUCGGUUGUGGGAAAGAAGAAAAGAAACUCACUGAACCAGUGGAGAGAUACAGAGAACCCCCUCCCCUGAAGUCAAAUCCAGGACAACCCAAAGAUCAGAGAAGGCAGUUGGGGCGCAGAUCCCCACCUCCAGCCAUUGGGAAGCGUUUAAAUAGAGAACAGAACACACCUCCUAAGUCUCCUCAAUGA